AUGUCGAAUAAGUUAUUAUUUGGUAAAGCUCUUACCUCGUACGACGAUGAAGAUAUUGAUGAAUUGUUGUCUAAGCUUACACCAGAGGAACUGGAGCAGCUUAAUGAUGACUUUGAUCCCGAUAAUUCACUGCUUCCUCCUUCACAGAGGUGUCGUGACCAAACUACCAAAACCCCAACUGGACCUUAUGAUCGUGAAAAAUUACUAAGAUAUCUUAUUGAAAAGGCCAAAGCCGAAAAGGAUUGGGAAGAAGCUGUGCCUUAUGAAAAAAAGAAAAGAGGAAAAGUCUAUAUACCAAAACAAACUAUGUCACCGAGCACGCAAAACGAAUUAGUUGAAAUGGGGUUCGAUGUAGAGUUUGAUGAUGAUGUAAAUAAGGCUCUUGAAAAUGCUACUGAAGAUGAACUUGUCGAUCUGGCUGCUGUCCUGGGUUUUACUGGGAUGUUGAAUCAAGUACAGUUCCACGCUAGUUUAGAAGGACGUAAAUUGGAAAUGGGUGGAUUCUCUGGUGUGGCUAAAGCUGAACGUCCUAAAGCCGUGCCAGAUGAACCACCUAAUAUGACAGAUGUAGAGGCUAGUAUCAAAAAAUUGGAAAAUAACAGUGAAGAACUAACUAAAUUAAAUUUAAACAAUAUCAAAACGAUAAGUGCUGAAGCAGUACAACGCUUAUGUGCCGCUCUUACAGCGAAUACCCAGUUAACUGAACUGCAUAUGGCGGCAACACGUUUAACAAACGCGAUGGUUGAACCAUUCUUUGAUAUGCUGCAAAAAAAUACUGUAUUAAAAGUACUAAAUUUGGAGUCGAAUUUUUUGACUGGUGUUAUCCUCGUUCGUUUAUUGGAGUCAAUUAGCCAUGAUAAAAGUGGAAUAACCGAUCUGCAUUUAGCCAAUCAACGUCAAUCUGUGCUCGGUGUAAAAAUCGAACAAAAUUUGACCGAAUUAAUACUAGCCAAUCCACGUUUGGUUCGUCUGGGUUUAGAUUUAGAGACUAGCGAUGCACGUGUACGUACCAGGGAACAUGUCAAAUUUAAUUUAGAUCGUGUUUCUCGACAACUACGGCGUAAUAAAAAUUAA